CCUAACUAGCGAUCAUAUGACAUUUGCCUCAACUUAGGUGUGCUCGUCCUCCGAUUUCGUGGUGAAUUUUCAGUGAGAAUGGCAAGUCAAACUCAAGGAAUCCAACAACUCUUAGCUGCAGAGAAAAGAGCCGCCGAAAAAGUGUCAGAAGCCCGCAAACGUAAAGCCCGAAGGCUCAAACAGGCCAAAGAGGAAGCUCAAGAUGAAAUUGAAAAAUAUCGCAAAGAACGUGAACGCCAAUUCCGUGAUUUUGAGGCGAAACACAUGGGGUCUAAAGAGGGGGUUGCUGCCAAGAUUGAAGCCGACACCAAACAACGAAUUGAAGAAAUGAACAAGGCGAUUGUCAGCCAAAAAGGCCCCGUAAUUGAAGAAGUACUGGCCUUGGUGUAUGAUAUUAAGCCUGAGAUUCACAGGAAUUAUCGUGCUUAAGUUCAACAGUACAAGUAAAUGUUACUUAGAGAAAUGUAUAAUAUUGCAGUGUACUUCUUUAGUCCAUUCCAUUGUGUUACACUUAAUUGAUUAUAGGAAACUCUUUUUAAAAAUAUAUGUGAAAUACCUUUGUUGUACAGUAUUUGUUUUGUAACUGUUACUUAUUGAAUAAAAUGUUUAGGGGU